UCGGACAUUUCCUGCACGAUUGAAAAUUGUAAACCCUCGCCGACGGCGGAGCUCAGCCCCGACAGAGACAGAGACCGCGGCCAUGUCGGGCUUCUCAUUCGGAUCCUCGGCCGCCUCCGCUCCGUCCUUCUCAUUCGGAUCCUCCCCUUCCCCUUUCGGAUCCUCUGCCCAUUCCGCCUCCGCCGGUUUCUCCUCCAGCUCCUCCCCAAACCCUAGCUCCUCCUCCGCCGGUUUCCCCUUCAACCCCUCUGCCUCCUCCUCUUCUCCCUCCCCCUUGGCCGCCCUCAAUCCCGCCACCACCUCCUCCUCCACCGCCGCCCCUUCCUCUCCUUUCGGCUUCGGCUCCGCCUCCACUGCCCCAGCCUCCGUCCCUUCAUUUCCAUUCGGCUUUGGCUCCUCUGCUUCCAGCACCGGCUCCUCAUUGUUUGGCACUCCAUCGUCUGCGGCCAGCUCCGGCUCGUUGCUGUUCAACGCUGCGUCAUCAGCCGCCACCUCUGGCCCAUCGCUGUCCAGCGCCGCAUCAUCUGCCGCCAGUUCUGCCUCAUCCACGUUCGGGUCGGCUCCAUCCACUAUGAGCUCUCCCUCUCCGUUGUUUGGCGCACCGGCUGCGGCUGCUGCUCCGUCCUCUUUCGGGACUCCGUCCUCAGUUGCGGCAGUCUCGGGCCCGUCCUUGUUUGGGGCUGCUUCAUCAGCAGCUAGCUCUGCUUCCUCCCUGUUUGGCGCGGCUACCUCUGUUUCUACUCCGUUCGGUACAGCUUUGGGUUCCAGCUCGCCCUUGUUUGGGAUGGGAUCGUCCACCGCUAGCACCACCUCUUCCCUUCUUGGGAUGCCGUCGUCUACUGCUUCUGGACCAUCUCCGUUUGGUGCACCUGCUUCCGCUUCCGCUGCCAGCUCGGGCUCACUUUUUGGAGCAGCGGCAGCUCCGUCCACUGGCAGUUCAGGGCUGUUCGGGGCAACUAUAGCCGCCGCCACCACCACCACCACUGCUGCUCCUUCUACACUGUUCAGAACAGCUUCAUCUUCAGCUCCAGCUACUGCCGCUGCUGCAACCCCUUCGUUCGGAAAUUUGUUCUCAUCGAGUUCGAGUGCUACAUCAUCGUCUUUCUCUGCUUCUACUGGAUUUUCUUUCACAAAGCCCACUGCUUCGAUCACAACUUCUGCAUCAACCGCUGCCCCUACAACAGCAACAACUUCAACUACCAGUCCGAGCUUCUCUUUCGCUCCUGCUUCAUCACCUUCGCAAGCUUCUUUUGGGUUCAGCAUUGCAGCGACCUCAGCACCUGCCACAGCUGCCUCCACAGCCCCAGCCACAAAAUCCACAUCUUUCUCAUUUGCUUCUUCCCCUGCCCCCAUCUUCUCAACGGUUACUACCACCACGAGUGCAUCAACACCAGCAGCUGGUAGCUCUGCUUCGGCCGCAACGUUUCCAUCAUUGGUAGCGAGUUCGUCAUCAGCAGCCACGACUUCAGCAGCUUCAGCUGCUACUACUGGUUCAUUUACCGGUUUUGGUGUGGUUUCCACUACUGCUUCUUCGGGGACCACCAGCUCUGUUCCAAGCUUCUCUUUGUCAACUAAGGUUACAACUCCGGCUUCGUCACAUGCCCCCUCGACCAGUCCUGCCCCUGCAUUUGGCAUUACUUCUACUACUGCUGCCACAACCACUGUUACCUCUACCAGUACAGCUGCUAGCCAGGCACCAUCAGCUCUUGUUGCUGCUUCCAGUAGUGGGGCAACUUCAAGUGUAAGCACACCUUCUGCUGCACCAAGAAUGCCAUCUGAAAUCACUGGGAAGAUAGUUGAGGAGAUCAUUAAGGAGUGGAACGCUGAACUGCAAGAGCGAACAGGGAAAUUUCGGAAGCAAGCCAGUGCAAUAGCUGAAUGGGAUAAGAGGAUUUUGCAAAAUCGUGAUGUUCUUCUUAGGCUUGAGAUUGAAGUAGCAAAAGUGGUUGAGACGCAAGCUAGUUUGGAGAGACAGCUGGAACUAAUUGAAACUCAUCAGCAAGAGGUUGACAAGGCUUUGCAGAGCAUUGAAGAAGAAGCUGAGCGCAUUUAUAAGGACGAACGUGCAAUACUUCUUGAUGAUGAAGCUGCAUCUACAAGAGAUGCAAUGUAUGAGCAAGCUGAGUUUAUAGAGAGGGAGCUGGAGCAAAUGACCGAACAGAUCAAAUCAAUCAUUCAGAACCUAAACUCCAACCAGGGUGGAGAGCUUGCGGCGGUUGAUGGGAUGACACCAUUGGAUGUUGUUGUCCGGAUAUUGAAUAAUCAGCUGAGCUCCCUAAUGUGGAUUGAUGAGAAGGCUGAGGAGUUCUCCUCCCGUAUCCAGAAGCUCGCUGGGCAAGGCUCUGCUGCUGAACACGAACUAAUGGGUCCGAAAUUCUGGUUGUCCUGAGUUAAGAUACUGUGUUCCGGUCCUUGCAUUAUUUUACAGCACAUCAGAUCUAGCCAAUGCAGAGAAAACCCUGCCACUGUUCUUUCGACUCUUGUCGCUAUAACUUGAAAUUAGAAGCUUGAUUUUGCUCUCAGCGAUGAUUCAGAGCUCUUGGGAAAUGUUUCAACGUUGCAAACUUGUAGUUUACAAAGCUGUGCAGAGUAGCGACCUUUUGGAAAUGUUGUAUCCAUUCUUAUCUCCCCCUCGCUGAACUUGUGGAUAUGGGGAUUGAGCAAUUCGAUUUUCCAGUAUAGGUAUGCAGUGUAUGGGACUUUUGAAACUGAAGCUUGUCGUGUUAUCGGAUGCUGUCUUGUAGUUAUUAGAGAAAGUGCUAGUAGUUUCUGUGCCCAAGAAUUAGAUGGUGGUUCUGGUUCCAGCUCUUGUCGCGUAAAGCAUUCGGGUUUUGAUGUGCAACGAACCUAAGAUUGCCUUUUCCUUCCUAGUAUUAAGAAAAUGUGCUAUUAUUUCUUAA